AUGGCUCUAAGCUCCAAUGGACGUGUACAGCUGGAAUGUAAAUCCGGGACGACAGAACUGAAAACGUACCCCAUAAUUGAUCAAGUCAAAUGUCGCUAUUGGAAAAAUCCUACCACUCAAACUGGUGUACCAGGUGCCGGGCUGGAUUUGAUCGGACCGAGCACAAGUGAUGGUCGCGGUUUCGAUCUGAAAAUUAUUCUCAGUCCAAAUGCACAACCUGUGACUAGUCGAACGGACGAUGAGGUAAAUGCACAUUCUGAACGACGAUUACAAAUUGAUGAGCUCACUCCCGGACUGCUUGGUUGACUACGCCGUAUCGAUCUGGGCGACUUGUCCGCACAUUCUCACGUGACACGGCUUAGUUUAUGGAAUCCGUUCGAAUGGGACGAGGAUAGUCUGAUUCCUAAAUCCGUCAGUCCGACCGAUUCGAGCUAUACUGUGUCUCCUAUGCGAACUCAAGUACCGCCAUAUUUUCGUCUCACCGUUUUCUGUGACCAUGCAAAUCGAAACCCAUCUUUUCGACGUCUCUGGUUGCCGUGGAAAAGUUGGCAAGUUCGAUUUAAUCAUUGUCAUGAUUUAUAUGUGUCUCGAGUACGAGCGGAUAAUCAAAUCUUAUAUGAGAACCAGUGUCAGAUCGAACCGAGCCCAUUAGAUCCUCUGGAUGAUUUAAAGUUGGAUUAUGAGAAAUCAUGUUGGCAACCGGGGGCAUAUCAACCGCAUCGUAUUGGCGAGACUCUGGAAUUUGUUCUGCCUCAAAGAGAAAUACAAACUGGAUCAUCAGAACGAGUAGACUCGAAUGGGCUUCAUUUGAAAGGAAGCGAUCUCACAACGACCACCGGGCCAUCAUCUACCACCACCACCACCACCACAACAACAACAACAACAACAACUAGCACGAAGAAAACCACAAGCAACACAACACCUCGCACCACUACACCAGCAGCACCGAUUUCGAAGAUCUCUCUACCACCGACUGUGCAGUUGAGGAAAGAUGCUCUGGAAGUUAUUGCACCAAAAGAUCAUCAAGGAAAUAAAUACAUUCAUAUUUCAACCGAGAAACCCAUGGAUCAGGAAUCAACACCGGCGGCUUCUUAUUCCAUCUCGGGAUCAUGGGGCUUGGCAGAAAAUGAUCAAAAUUCAAAUGAUUUUCCAGCUACAGAGGAAAAGAAAGAGAUGUCUCUGAAUCAGUUAACCACAGCUGUUAUCAUUCUAUCCGUUCUCGUUAUUGUUCUCCUCCUGGGUGUCAUUUUCCUCGUGCUCUGGGUUCGAUCCCGUCAACGUGAGGGUAAACUGAAAGUGACCGGUACCAAUGGUUUCAUCCCGUACACCGAUCAGACUGUGAACGGCUUCACUGUGGGUGAAUACCGUUCUAAUCAGCGUGACAAUUACUUGGAUACACGGCACUCGCCAGUGGAAUCUAAUCAUCAUUCGGGAUUAGUUGGAAACCCACGAACAUCGGUUCGCGCGUUAAAUAAAAACAACGGUGUGACCCAUACCAGUCUGCUGGUAGGAGCAAACACUACAGACAAUCAUCCCGGUCUUCUUUUACCAUACAAUUCCAAUGCCCCCGAUUGGCAAACCGCACGACCUCAAACGUACGGAGGCCAAUCCGUGAAUGACCCUAUGCACGACCCAUUAUUGAUUCAGCGCCCUCCGCCCACACCGAAACAGAAGUCCACAUCUCGUCGAGUACGACGAGCCUCGCACCCGAGUGAAAGCCCGAGUUUGCAAAGAAAGCAGCCGAGCAUGUCUCGUCUGCACAAACCGGAUGCGGAUUCGGGCACGGGACGAUAUACACCUGGGCCGGAACGGACCUCGCACUGGCUCACAUCCAGUCAGAACUCUUUACACUCCCGAUCGCGUACUCGGCUGGACGAUACGGGAAAGAGUCGAACUUCUCUGCGACCCGAUUCCAGUCCCGCACCUACGCCUCACAACCUGUUGUCUGAUAUCCAUCGCUUUAGACCGGAACAAUCACCGCUGACGCGGAUGAAGAAACGCAAAUAUUCACCGAUGCGACAACCAAGGAAACAGCAUACCUUGGUAUUUGAAGAUGGUGAUUUGGACGAAGACAGAUGGCCGGCUGGAUUACGGAGUUCAUUGAAAAAGUUCUGUAAGUUCUAUAUGGUUCCACAAAAACCCGUAUUUGUUCUGUCACUCGAUAGAUAUACUGAUGAUAUAUACAAUUAUUGA